CUUGCAGGCUUUGACACAAGCCAGAUGGCUGGACUUGGUAGGCGCUCAUGUUGCCUGGUACUACAAUUGAUGAAAAAGAAUAGGAAGACGUUUUAUGAUCAGUUGCUGGAGUACAAUAAGACUGCAGCUUUGCUAGCUCUUGUCCCUGUCCUUUGCCCCUUCGUUUUGUUGGUGAGGAUAUCACAGUGAUGUCUGCAUUCAACCUGCUCCAUUUGGUGACAAAGAGCCAGCCAGUGGCCCUGCAAGCCUGUGGGCUGCCCUCAGGGUCACGUAAGGAUAACAAGAAGUAUAAGGUUGUGUUUACUCAGCAGGAACUGAAGAAACGGUUGACACCCCAACAAUACCAUGUCACUCAAGAGAAGGGGACAGAGAGUGCCUUUGCCGGAGAAUACACUCACAAUAAGGCUAAAGGAAAAUAUAACUGCGUUGUCUGUGGAGCUCCGCUUUUUAGGUCUGAUACAAAAUUUGACUCCAACUCAGGCUGGCCUUCUUUUUAUGAUGUUAUGAAUCCAGAGGCCAUAACAUUUCAUGAUGACUUCGCAUAUGGCAUGCACAGGGUGGAGACAAGCUGCAGUCAGUGCGGUGCCCACCUUGGGCACAUCUUUGAUGAUGGCCCUCGUCCUACAGGCAAGAGAUAUUGUAUAAACUCUGCGUCGCUGAACUUUGUACCGGAGGCUUCUGAUGGUGACCAGAGUGGUGCAACGUCCACAUCUGAAAAGAAUGAAUUGUGAAU